UGGGGGGCGGGGUUCCAUUAGUCCAGGAGCGUGCAGCUCGGGCAUCCGGAUCCGGAUCUGUGCUCGCGGUCUGGGGCCGGGCGCGGGGGUGGCGGGGGUCGCGGUGCCAUGGUUCUGAGCCCGGUGAUCGGGAAGCUGCUGCACAAGCGCGUGGUGUUGGCCAGCGCCUCCCCGCGCCGCCGGGAGAUCCUCAGCCAAGCGGGUCUCAGGUUCGAGGUGGUUCCGUCCAGGUUCAAAGAGAAGCUCGAUAAAGCCGCCUUCCCCACCCCUUAUGCUUACGCCAUCGAAACAGCGAAGCAGAAGGCCUUGGAGGUGGCCUCCAGGAUGCACCAGAAAGACCUCCGGGCCCCCGACGUCGUCAUCGGAGCGGACACCAUCGUGACGAUCGGGGGGCUGAUUCUGGAGAAGCCAGCGGACAAGCAAGACGCGUACAGGAUGCUCUCCAGGUUGAACGGGAAGGAGCACAGCGUGUUCACGGGCGUCGCCAUCAUCCACUGCUGCAGCGAAGAUGGCCAGCUGGACACGGACGUGUGCGAGUUCCACGAGGAGACCACGGUGAAGUUCUCGGAGCUGUCCGAGGACCUUCUGUGGGAGUACAUUGACAGCGGGGAGCCCAUGGACAAGGCCGGCGGCUACGGGAUCCAGGCCCUGGGCGGCAUGCUGGUGGAGUGUGUCCAUGGGGACUUCCUCAAUGUCGUGGGCUUCCCGCUGAACCACUUCUGCAAGAAGCUGGUGGAGCUGUACUGCCCACCCCGCCGCGAGGACGUGCAGCGGGUCAAGCACGAGUCCAUCCCUCCCGUGGACACCUUCGAGAUCGCGAGCGACACUGCUCAGGGUGACGAGGGCUGUGGCCCCAGCAGGGCAGGGGUUGACGGUCACACCGGACAGGCUCCUGCUGGCCCCCAGGGCCCAGACACGAAUGGGCUGGUGGAGAACCCGCCCCCCUUCCCGUCGGACCUUCUAGACCUCAUAGACGGCUUUAAAGCAUCCAAGGCUCUGUUCACGGCUUGCAAACUGAAGGUGUUUGAUGUACUGAAAGAGGAAGGCCCCCUGAAGGCGGUGGAUGUUGCACGCAAAAUUAACGCCUCUGUGUGUGGAACUGGACGGCUCCUGGAUGUCUGCGUGGCCCUGGGAUUACUGGAGAAGACAGACACAGGUUACCGUAACACGCGGCUGGCAAGCCGGCACCUGGCGUCGGAGGGCGUGUGUUCUCUCCACGGCUUCGUCGCGUACAACGAUGAGCACGCCUGGACCGUGUUCACAGACCUGGAGUCUGCGGUGCGACAGGGACCCCGCGCGGCUGCGGGGAGUCCGGCGGAGGACCCGUCUCAGAGCAGGGACCGGAGGCUGCGUUUCAUGCGAGCCAUGCACGGCCUCGCCCAGCUGACAGCUCGCCAGGUGGCCACGGCCUUCGACCUGUCCCGAUUCACCUCUGCCUGUGACCUGGGAGGCUGCACAGGUGCGCUGGCCCGAGAGCUGGCCCGGGAGUACCCGCGUCUGAAGGUGACCGUGUUUGACCUCCCGGAGGUCAUCGAGCACGUGUCGAGUUUUCACCCCGAGGGACGGCAGCCAGAGCGCCUCCGCUUUGUGCCAGGUGACUUUUUCAAGGACGACCUCCCGGACGCACAGCUGUACGUCCUUUCCAGAAUUCUCCACGACUGGGCGGACGACAGAGUGCACGAGUUACUGAGCCGGGUGUCCCGCAGCUGCAAGCCAGGCGGUGGCCUCCUGGUGGUUGAAACGGCCCUGGACGAACGGCGAGCGGCCCGGGCCAGCCUGCCGGCGGCCUUGAACGCGCUGGUGCGGACCCAGGGCAGGGAGCGCAGCCUGGCCGAGUACCGCAGCCUGCUGGGGCAGCAUGGGUUCCGGGAGGUGCAGGUGGCGCAGGCGGGGGACAGGCUGGACGUGGUUCUGGGCACCAGAGCGUCGUCGGCGCCCUGAGGCUGCCAGCGCGGGACGCUCUCCCGGGAGGCUGAUGGUGGGUGGGGUGGGGAGGGGGCUG